AUGAAUACCUACCACAGUUUGCUAUUCCUUUUGGCCUUCGUACUUGCGGCUAACUACACCUUCGCAAAGGUCACUGCGGACACACAGUGUAAAAAUGGCUUUGUAGUCCAAACGGGCAAUUAUUUUGAAUGCAAAUGCAACAACGGGUUUGUGCUGGCAAAUGAAAACACUUGCGAGGAAAAACGCAAUUGCACAGAUGCACAAAAUGCAAACAAAAAUUGUGGAGAUUAUGCUAUGUGCAUAAACACCAAAGCGAGUGAUGAGGAAAGAGCAUUAAAAUGCACCUGCAUAUCACAAUACACCUUAGAGAACGAUGUGUGCGUUCCAGAUAAAUGUAACGGUAUUAUGUGUGGUAAGGGAAAGUGCAUCUUAGAUCCCGAUGAUACAAAUUUCGUCACGUGCUCU